AUGGUGUGUUUGGGAUUGGGUUGGGGUGUUGGGGUGGGUGGGGUUGAUGAUAGAUUUUGUUUGUGGUGGGGUGGGGUGGGGGUGAUGAAUCUGCGUAGCACCACAAGUAGCAAAGUUGUGCGUGGCCCUCAGUCUGAGAAGCACUGCAGUGAACAAUACGGUCCCCAUCCUCUCCCCCGUCUCACCUCCUCUCCUCCUGACUCCCGCUGCCUCUGCGCCCUCUUCGCUGCUUUGUUCCCGGAUCAAACGGGGAGCUCUCUGGUCCGUCACCGGGGAAAACGCGUUCACACCAGCCCCAAGAACGCAUCGCAACGCCUGAGAAUCUCUCUACUACCGCUGGUCAAAGAAGACGCUGCACCUUUCAACUCGACUAUUGCCGGGGAUCAAAGCGAGCGCAGGAGGCGAGCGGAGAGUGAAAGAGCUCACGCACACAGAGCAAAGUGGAACAAUGGCAGACGGGCAGAUUAA